AUGAUUUAUGAUGAGCGUUCCACUUCAUCGCCAAGCGCCCAUUCAUCAGCAAGACAUACGGUGGCUUUCGACGAUGCAGAAUCAGUGAUUCCAUCGAAAAUAAAUCGCACGCGAACGGGGUGUCGCACCAGCAGAUCGAGAAAGGUGAAAUGCAGCGAGGAAAAACCUGUCUGUGCCCAGUGCCAGAGAGCAAACAGAACUUGUGAAUGGUCGGCUAUUCAAGACAAGCGACGCUCAAUCACAAGGAGAGCAAAUGCCACGGCGUGCAAUGCCUGUAGAGCAAAGAAGCUCAGAUGCGUUGGAAGCGUGGAAACGUCAUGCGAAAAGUGCUCCACCUCUGGGAUCGUAUGCGUACGACAACGUGAUAGUCGCGCAUCGUCAGCACUGAGUCCCCUUCAAGGCCAACUCGCAGCUGAAACAACCGCAAGAUGCGCAAAUUCAUCGACAGCGCUGUCCCAUGGUACACCAUAUCUUGAAGCAAACUCGCAUAUGGAGGACUCUGAGGUUAUUGAAGAGCAGACUUCGCUAUUGGACAGCCCUUCAACAAAUGCAACUGCGUCGCCAGCUGCUCGGGCGUUGCAUGAAUCAAAUCGGUCUGGAGACCUGCCAGAAGGAGAAGAGCUCAAGGCUCUAGUCGAUCUUUACUUCACUUCUGUUCAUCAUUUCGGAUACUUUGCGUUUGUUCACGAGCUCCAUUUCAAGCGCCUCCUCAGAAAUGGCAGAGCUCCACGCGAACUGACUCUCAUGAUGAUCGCAAAUGCGAUGCGUUUUGCUGAAAAAGUAACACCAGAGAACCUGGCAAAAGACGACUCGUGGGCAGAUUAA